UUUUCUUUUGAGCAGAUGAGUGGGUUUCCCUGGUCUGGAUCGUAUUGAUGCGUUCUUACUAGUUGCUUUCAUUUAUUUUAUCUAAAUUUUGUUCGAUUUUCAUUCUGCCCUAAUUCUAUUGGUUUGACCUGAUUGGGGUUUCCUUGGAUAUGGAGUUAUUCUACUUGAUUUCCAUAAGUUCUCCGUCAUUAAUAGUUCACAACAAAGGAAACACUCUCUCAGUUUCGUGUGCACAGCUUCAGCCUCGCCAACUUCGUCUUUGACUACUUUGGUUUUGACUUCUUCGGCCUCGCUUUGUAUCAGAUUGAGUUCUUCGUGAUGAGGGGACCUGAAAAUAUUGGAAUGUGUGAUUAAUCAUUAUGGUCCUCAAAGAGCCUAAUAAAGAUUCAUGGAGAUGGGCUUUAGGCAUUGUAUAUAUAGUUGCAGUUGCAUCAAUAUGGAUUGCUGCUAGUUAUAUUGUUCAGACAGUGGUAGAUGAGGGGGUUUCUCCUUUCUUGUUAAGCUACAUUUGCAACUCUUUGUUUGUGGUUUACAUUCCCAUUGUUGAAAUUACACGAUAUUUUGAGGAUACAAUUUCUAAUCUAUUAGCCAAAAAGCACAAUGAACCAUCCAUGCAAGGAUCUUGCUAUCCAGAGAAUGCAAGUCUUUUGCUAGGAAGUGAUAAAGAACCAAUCAUAAUCGGUAGUCAUCCUAGAGAACCUAUUGCAUCUGGAACUGAAACAAGGAUUCAAGAUAUAGAAAGAAUUUUUCCCAGUCAAGCUGAUGAGUUUUCUCCUGGAAACCCAAUUAGUAGUACAGGAACGCAAUUGGAUUCAAAAAUGCGUUGGACGCGUACUCAAGUAGCUAAAGUCAGCCUUUUGAUUUGUCCGUUUUGGUUUUUUGCACAACUCACUUUCAAUCUUUCUCUCAAGUAUACGACUGUCACUUCGAACACCAUCUUAAGCAGCACGUCUAGCCUCUUCACCUUUCUGGUCUCUGUUGCAUUCUUGGGAGAAAAAUUUACAUGGGUAAAGUUAGUCAGUGUUCUUCUCUGCAUGGGAGGUACCGUGCUAGUGAGCUUAGCUGAUUUGGGAGUUGGAGUAAAUGCUAUUGCAUAUAAUGCUGUUCUUGGGGAUGCACUUGCACUUGUUUCAGCUGGCCUUUAUGCUGUUUACAUUACUCUCAUUCGGAAAAAGCUACCCGAUGAAAAUAAGGGAGAAGGUCAUGCAAGCAUGGCCCAAUUUCUUGGAUACCUUGGGUUAUUUAAUCUCUUAAUUUUUCUUCCUGUUGCACUUUUUUUAAAUUUCACCGAGAUAGAACCUUUCCACAAGCUGACAUGGAGACAAUUUGGCCUCAUUGUUGGAAAAGGUAUGUAUGACCUCCUAGUUUUCGCUAUGUUUGUUACUUGUAUCUACACUUGAGGGUAGCUCA